AUGCUCAUGCUCGCAGAGUGCGAGAAACUCCUCGGCGAUGGUCUCCUACGCUUGCCCAAGAAACACAACUACCGCUAUGGCCCUGCGGCCGAGAAGGACCUGCUAGAGCUCCUGUUCCGAUCGCUAGUCGGCUACGACAAUGAGCUCAUUCAAGGACUCUUCCCAGAAGGUCUCCCGGCAGGUCCAUGGAAACUGGCAGAGGCACAGGGUGCCCGAGAAGGUGCUGAAUACAGUGAGGCUGCGCGGGGCAAGCGCUGCGGUCAUAUCUUCCGAGCUGGGGAAGCCACAUAUCGAUGUGUGACGUGCGCGGCGGACGACACCUGCGUGCUGUGCAGUCGAUGCUUUGAUUCCUCGGACCACACAGGUCACCAAUAUCAGAUCUCCCUCUCUUCCGGGAACUGCGGUUGCUGUGACUGUGGUGACGACGAAGCGUGGAGACUUCCGCUCUUCUGUGCGAUCCACACUGAUAGCGGCAAUGCCAAGGGCAAGGAGCGUGCGCAGCGAGAAUUGCCCUCGGACCUCGUGGCAUCGAUUCGGCUGACCAUCUCGCGUGCGCUGAAUUACUUCUGUGAUGUCAUUUCUUGUUCGCCGGAGCAAUUGCGUCUGCCGAAGACCGUUGAAGGCAUCAAGCAGGAUGAGGUCGACUCUCGCCUGCGACCUGGAUGGUAUGGCGCUGGAGACGAAGUGCAGGAAGAGCCUGAAUUCGCCGUCAUGUUGUGGAAUGAUGAAAAGCAUACCAUGCGUGAUGUCUCCCAUCAGGUUACCCGCGCUUGUCGUGAGCGGGAUAGCUUUGGUGUGGAUCGCGCCCAUGAGACGAACGACUUUGGCCGCAGUGUGAUUAAGUAUUCAAAGGACCUGGACAGGCUCCUGGGUGUUUCCAAGAUCAUUGAAGAUAUCAAGGUCACGGUCACGGUGCGGUCGGCGCGUGACACUUUCCGCGAGCAGAUGUGUGCUACGAUAGUGGAGUGGUUCGCUGAUAUUGCCGGAUGCGAGAUCCUUGAAGACAAUGAGAUUUUCCGACAGAUCAUCUGCCAGGAGAUGCUCUCUCCUUGGCAAAAGGGCAGCGGUGGUGUCAACGAAGAUAUUGGCAUGCAGGGAAUUGAUGACCAUCAGAAGACCGAGAAUCUCCCUAGCCGUACGCUGCUCAUCAACCUUCCGACACAAGGGCAAGUCCUCGUGACUACUGAUGCGGAUGAUCUUCUCGAGGACGAUGUGAUUGACCAAGACGAAGAUGAAGAUGAAGACUACGUCGAGGCUCACGACGCUGAUGACGAGGAGGAUGAAGAGAUGGAUAUGGAACUUAGCCGUCUUCAGGCCGAGCAAGAUGGUCAGGAAGAUGACGAUGAAAUGGACUUGGAAGGUGCCGAGGAUGAACUCGCCAUGGCUGAACGCAUUCUCGCCAGCCUGAGUGGUCAACCACCACAAGCCCCUCGGCCAGCGCCAGUCGAAUCUGCAGAUCCACCGCCCGCUGAACGCGAGCAGUCCGAAUCUGGGAGCCCUGCGCCCGAGUCUGCUCCUCCUGGCUAUAUCCCCAUUCCCAAAACGCCUGGCCCCGCCUACAGCAAGCCGAGGCCAGCCUCCACCGAAAGCCACUGGAAAAUCCGGCCACCCAUGCCCGCGCCAGGUGAGGAGACAGCCCCCUACGAAGAUCUCUGGCAACGCACUCGCCUGGAUUGGCUGGUACUAUACGACUUGCGGUUGUGGAAGAAGACACGAACUGACCUGCGCGACCUUUAUAUCAGCACUGUUGUCAAUGUUCCUGAAUUCAAGCGCAUCAUGGGUCUACGCUUGUCUGCGCUCUACACAGCUCUAGCACAGUUGUAUCUUAUUGCUGAUAGAGAGCCGGAUCAUUCGAUCGUCAAUUUGUCACUGCAACUUCUCACGACUCCCUCCAUUACCGAGGAGAUUGUCAUGCGAGGAAAUUUCUUAACAAAAGUGAUGUCAAUUCUUUAUACCUUCCUCACGACGAGACAAGUCAGUGAGCCCUCAGAGGUUGAUCCCAAAGCCACACUGGCCUUCGAUGCUGGCUCUGUCACAAACAGACGUCUCUAUCAUUUCUUCCUUGACCUUCGAUAUCUUCUCCAAUCUGAAUAUGUCCAGCACCGCGUGCGAACUGAACAACAAUAUCUCCCCCAAUUCCUUGACCUUGUCAAGUUAUCACAAGGAAUAUGUCCUAAUGUCCGUGCCGUUGGGGAGCACGUCGAGUACGAAACCGAUGCUUGGAUCAGUGCUUCUAUCCUCAUGCGGGAGAUCAACCGCUUGUGCCGCCAAUUCUGUGAGGCCUUCCGCGACCCCGAGAUCGACGGCGGGGUGAACCUUCUAAGGGCGAUUGCAACCACUACAACCACCGCUGUUCUGCAUUCUACUGGUCUCGAGCGCCAGCGGUUCGACCAGGCAGAGAUCAAGGAGGACCUUCGUUUCAAAACGCUGCCACCAUUUGACUUCGAUGUGGCUCCCUCCGGUCAAGUUCCGUGUUAUCGGGUGGUUGAAUUUGUUGUCGAACGUGGGUCCAUCAGUUUCCACCAUGCACUUCACUACACAUUGUCCUGGCUCAUCGAGUGUGGACGAAACAUCAGCAGUGAAAAGAUGCGCAUUACCAUGUUCACUGCUGCCAACCAGGCACGGGGACGUAUUCACACUGUUCAACCUGGUAUGGCCAACAGUGUCAAUGAUGCCGUGCUCGUUGGUCUUGGGCCCGAAGAUCUGCUGCUAGUCAUGUUUGACUACCCCCUCAGGGUUUGCGCCUGGUUAGCCCAGAUGAAGGCUGGAAUGUGGGUUCGCAACGGUCUCAGUCUUCGCCACCAAAUGUCCCAGUACCGCGGAGUCUCCUCUCGUGACUUUGCCUAUUACAGAGACAUUUUCCUUCUCCAGACCGCUCUCGUGGUUUGCAAUCCCAGCAGAGUUCUCGCAUCCAUCGCUCACCGUUUCGGCAUGGUUGAAUGGAUGGCUCGGAAUUACAUGCCUCGUGCUGGGUACGAAGAUUCUCAACUUGUGGAUGUAGCCGAAGAAUUUGUUCACCUUCUGGUCAUCUUGUUGACCGACCGGACAUCUUUGACGGCCAUUGACGAUAGCACACAUUUGACCCACGAGAACAUCAAGCGUGACAUUGCUCACGUCCUGUGCUUCAAGCCGCUCUCUUUCUCAGACCUCUCUACUCGUCUCAGCGACAAACUUCUAGACUCCGACAUGUUCCAGGAUGUCCUUGAAGAAGUUGCGAACUUCCGCCCACCAGAGGGCUUGAGUGACUCCGGAACCUUCGAGUUGAAGCCCGAACAUUUAGAUCUAGUUGAUCCUUACAGCGCACAUUACACAAAGAACCAGAGAGACGAAGCAGAGAAUAUCUACAAAGAAUGGAUGGCCAAAAAGACCGGCAAGAAUGCCUCUGAUAUUGUCUUCGAGCCAAAACUCCGACCUAUCACCUCAGGAAUGUUCUCCGAUCUCCCGCGCUUUGCUGGAACUGGGCUCUUCGCGCAAAUUGUGCACCAAUGCUUGGAAUAUGUCAUCUCGUCGAAAGAAUGCACACCGAGCAUCCCACCCACUCGUGUUGAGACUUUCCUUCAGGUGAUUUUGCAUCUUAUCUUGGCUGCAGUUUUGGAAGAUAACUCUGAGGAGAACGACAUGGUAGAGGAACACUCCAACUCAUUCAAUUGGAAUGCUCUGUCAAAGACCCGCGAGAUCAAGGCAGGCAGAUUAACCAUUGUUGGACUGUUAGAGAAGAUCUCUAUCACGACUGACUUCUCUGCUUCCGGCCCUAAGAUCCGUCACAUUCUGAAACGUCUGUGGCAAAAGCGCCCUCGCACCUAUUCUUCUGCAACUGCAUCCCUUCGUUUCCCCUUCGAUCGCAUUGAUACCAACUCCCCUGCGAUCGAUCUGGACAAUGAUAAGGAGACAAAGAAGAAGCAGGCACUCGAAAGGCAAGCCAAGGUCAUGGCGCAGUUCCAGGCUCAACAGCAACAGUUCUUGUCCCAAUCAGGGAACAUCGACUGGGGUGAGGAGGACUUCAGCGAUAUGGAGUCAGACACCGAUGCUGCACCCGAAAAGAAGAUGUGGAAGUACCCCAGCGGAACAUGCAUUCUGUGCCAAGAAGAGACAAAUGACACAAGACUCUAUGGUACAUUUGCGCUGGUUCAGGACAGCACAAUCCUACGACAGACCGAUAUCCGGGACCCCGAAAGGAUUCGCGAGGUUCUCAAGACACCAUCAAGCUUGGAUCGAUCAGCCGAGGAACUGCGCCCAUUCGGUGUAUCCGGUGAGAAUCGCACCACGAUCAAGAGAUUGGAUUCUUCUGGUGGUGAAGUCACCAGCGAGAAGGUUGGACUGAGCAAGGGAUUCAAUGCAAAGAGCACCCUUCGGGGGCCUGUGACUACUGGCUGUGGACACAUCAUGCAUUACUCUUGCUUCGAGCAAUAUAAUGGAGCGACUCAACGGCGCCACACUCAACAGAUUGCGCGUCAGCACCCUGAGAACACCGCUUUCAAGGAGUUUGUCUGUCCUCUUUGCAAGGCCCUUGGAAACACAUUCUUGCCCAUCACUUGGAAAGGCAAAGAAGAGUCUCCUCUGGUUCCCCUCAGCCCUAGCGAGUCAUUUGACCAGUGGAUCGAUACCGGUCUGAAGCAAUCCCUCAGCCAACAGCAAAACAUUGCAGUUCUCAUGGACAAGGAAAAGAGCCAUCCUCAGCCAUACACAGAUAUUUUCAUGGACUAUCUCUCUAAGAACUUGGUUCUUCCACUGUCGACCAAGAUCGAUCAACUGACGGCAUCAUCUGGCUCGGCAAGUGCAGCCAUCCAACAAAUAACAUCUGCCCAGAUGCCGAUGCCAGGAAUUUUCCCGCCCAGUGAGGAUCCUUCACCUUCUAGUCCUCUCCAGCAGACGUCUAGCCCCUCGGAUAGCUCCAUGCUCGAGUUGUUGCAGAUAUAUCAGCGCAUGAAGAAGACCUUGAAGACGAACAAUGUCGGCUCGGCGUUCAACAACAACACCGAAGCUAACAGCAGUGAUGAACUUGUGCAUACCGACUCUUUGAUCCGCAGCUUCGGUUUCAGCAUCGCUGCCGUGGAGAUUGCGCAGCGUGGUAUUGAGUCAGAGCACGGCUCUACCUUGUUAGACAAAAUUCCUCCACUGACACUGACACAUUUGCGCGUCUUAUCAGAGACUGCAAUGACAUACGCUGCCGUUGGGUGCCUUUAUUCAACAUCGGUAUUAAAGUCCCGCCCAAACAUCGAGUUCUACGAGAUGCAUCGACAGAAGAUCUGUCAGCUGCUCGUCGGUCACCCUUGCCUAAGUGGGACUGCGCUACUUAACGAUGUCCGCAACAUUGAGCCCCUACUCGCUGUUGAUACAUUCGUGUUCUUGGCAGAAUCAUCACUAUCCUUGCUUCCCGUUCUUCAAAUUGAUAUCCGCCAUCUGGUGCACAUGUGCUUCGUGGCUGAGAUCGUCAAGGUCGCUGUCACCUUCAUUCUGUGGCCAAUCGGGCUGAAGGAAGAAGUCGAAAACCAUCCCGAGGAUCAAUACAGGCCCACUUUCUCAAGAGACACGCUUGUAGCGGCCAAACUAUUCUUUGACUCGAUCAUUGACGAGCUCAAGUCCAACUCAGUCGGUCGCGCCGAAGGCUCAUCCUUCCCUGCUGAGAGUGGCUACGUCAAGGACAGAAUGGAAGCUGACAGAAUAGACAUCAUUGCUGCUUUCCGCCGACUUCUCGCGAGCUACGCUUUGACAUUCUUGCGCAAGGCAGUCAUUCUUCUUCACGUCCAACAUGGUGUGGAGUUCCCAAAUACCGGCUUUGAUGUCGAACUACCCGAGCUUGAUCGCCUCACCAAGGCCCUCCAGUUGCCAUCCAUCGAUGAGAUCCUCAUGUCUAUCAAGUCCGUGCGCCAUAGCGACAGCCCCCUCAACGCAAUGAUCUCAGGAUGGAUCUUCCACUGGAACGCGUCUCGCUCCGGCAUUCGCUUCGAGGACCACAGACUCUGGCCCAGCCUCUCCCAUCCGGCAAUCUUCGAACUUGUCGGCCUGCCGAAGUACUUUGAUAGUCUCAUCGAAGAGGCGAAUCGCCGACGUUGCCCCAGCACCAAUAAAGAACUCACAGAUCCCAGCAUCUGUUUAUUCUGUGGAGACAUCUUCUGCUCACAGGCAGUAUGCUGCAUGAAGAACAAGCUCGGUGGCUGUAACCAACACCUCCAAAAGUAUGUAUCUCCACCUCUUCAAUCAAUGUCCAAUGCUAACUUUCCCUCCAGGUGUGGAAGAAACAUCGGUCUGUUCAUCAAUAUCCGAAAAUGCACAGUUCUAUACCUGCACAACACCAACGGAUCUUGGCACUACGCCCCCUACCUCGACCGCCACGGCGAAGUCGACCCUGGUCUCCGCCGCAACCGCCAGCUUAUCCUCAACCAGAAGCGAUACGACCGGCUUCUGCGUGAUGUCUGGCUGUCUCACUCUGUUCCUGCUACGAUCAGUCGCAAGCUGGAGUCGGAGAUUAACAAUGGUGGUUGGGAGACUAUUUAA